CGAUGCGCCGUCGUCGGUGCGGAGGCAUUUGGUAGGUGAGACGAUGGCGACUGGAGCGCAGGAUUCGCAAGCCCGCUUUGGUCAGUCAGUGAAGGGGCUUCUCACGGAGAAGGUGAAUACCUGUGGUACGGACGUGAUCGCGCUCACCAAGCAGGUGCUGAAGGGUUCCCGGAGCUCUGAGCUGCUAGGUCAGGCAGCCCGAAACAUGGUGCUACAGGAAGAUGCCAUCCUGCACUCAGAAGAUAGUUUAAGGAAGAUGGCAAUUAUAACCACACAUCUUCAGUACCAGCAAGAAGCUAUUCAGAAGAAUGUUGGACAGUCAUCAGAUCUACAGGACCAGCUAAAUCACCUGCUGAAAUAGAAUGGCAUAUAAGAGGCAAAUUUCUACUUGAAAAUCAGGCAAAAAGUAUGAUAUCUGGCCAGCUGCAGCUUCUUGCCUUGACCUGCAUUCCUAGGGUUCCUUUCUUGUUGUGACUUUUGAUUAGGUGACCUUUUUUCAUUUUGUAAUUUUGCUUAAUUAUCAGCAGGUUUACUUAUGAUAUUACUAAAUGUGAAGGGAGUUGAAUUCCAAUGAAUGCCUAUAUUGGAGGAUUGUACCAUGAUGAAGACUUUAAUGUAUGGACAUGUUUACCUGUGUUUAUCAGGUUCCUCUUGUUAAAUAACAUUGUCAUUAUCAGACAAGAACUUGUGCUGUUUUUCCUUAUGGGGCUAGAAGUGGAACCCAGCCCCUCGUGCAAAAUAGGCAAAUAUUGUACCAGUGAGUUAUGUCCCCAGUUCUUGACAUUUCCAUUAUCCAACCUGAAUCUCUACUUUGAACUUAAAAUAGAACUUUAAAUAGUUCUUCAUUUACUAAGAAAUUGAGAAAAAGUUUAUGUUU